UUAUUUAUUUCUUAUUCGAAAGCACGCAGUUCUUUAGAAAAAAUGUCUAAAUUUCCGCUUUUAUCAAUUGUAUUAAAAUAUAAAACAGCAAAUAUGUGACAGCGUGUAUUAAAAAUGCUUUUGUGUAAAAACUGAGAUUAUUAUGUAAAUGUGUGGCAGCAGGAGGAGGGAGAGGUUGCAAUAUUGACUAAGAGAACUAAUAUAUUUUAUAUUUUUAUUUCUUUUUUAUCAUAUUUAAAUAAUCGAACUUGUUGCUCUCAUUUUGUGUAUAUUAAAGUUUUUACUUUGAAUAAUAAUGAGAAAGAAAAUUUAUAUAUUUAUUAUAUAUUUAAAAAUCUAUUAUAGUUUAAAGCGAUAGUAAUUGGGACAGUAACCCUAGAAUGAAAAUUGUUGUUUUCGAAUUUUGCAACGCAUCGGCGAUGCAUUCAUGAUGCGAGAACUCGUAAUUACGAUAAAUACCACGUAAUUAUAGUCAAAGCAGAAAUUGUUUUCACCCACUUAGAUUAAAGAGCACUGGAUUAAUGAAAUAGAUAAUAAUUUAAUAUUUGUGGGAGUUAAAUAAAAGUUUGAGAGAAGAUCAUGCACUUUCAAAAAUUAAUUUUUUUUUUAAAACUUUAGAAAGAGAGAGAGAAAGAGUUGAUAACAAAUUUAUUUUAAUCGCCGAUUUGAAAUUCUUGCACGUAUUGAAAAUAAUUACAUGUUUAUACUAAUUCUUAAAAAAAAAAAAAAAACAGUUAUGUGCUUUGCGUUAGUGCUCGAGAAUUUUUUGUAAAUUUACGAGAUCGACGUAAGCAAAUUUCUCAGAGAUUUACUCUUCCACAAAAAAAUAACUAUUAUAGAAAUUAGUUCCAGAGAGAAAUACGAGUAAUUCCGUUCGGUAAAUCGAUAAAAAUCAGAUACAUAAUUUAUCGUCGCGGCUCUUUUUCCGGAUCAUUGUAUUUCUACCGACUUUUUAUUUAUUUCCUCGUAUCUUCUCUCGAAGCGAGAUGUGCGAUAUGCCGAGGUAGGUUGUCAGUUCGUAUCAGGGUCGCUCAUUUCUGUGUCUGUAGUGCACUGUGUCAGUGUUUCCGGAGACUGCGCAGCAUCCCGCGCGCGGUUGAGCAGAGGGGGGAGGAGGGUAAGCGUAGAAGCACGCAGCUGCGAGGGACGAGGUGGACGCGAAUAGGGGAGGCACUUCGGUUUUUAAUCCGUGGAUGUAGGGGCGCAAUGGUGGGGACAGCGUCCCCGUGGUCCUCCCUUCCCGCCGAUACGACGCUUCCGCUCCCCGAACAGCCCCUUUCUCUCUUCCAUCCUUUCGCGGUCGCCUUCCACCCCGCCGAGUCUUCUUCUUCCCCCGUCGUCCCAGUACCCCACCACCGCGUCGUCGGCGAUUCUCCCGCCACGUCGUCUGUCGUCCCGACGUCCUCUCUCUAACACCCUCCGUGCUACUCGCCAGGCGGGGGUUGCUACCGGUCUCUUCUAGUGACUUUCGUCGUCGGGGGUCGCGUGACACGUGCGUGAGAAAAUACCGGUCCGACUCCCGGUCCCAGUCUCGAUCUCGACUACGACCUCGACGAUCGGAGCGAUCCCACGGCGACGUCGCGACCGCGUGAUCGACGAGAGAUCGUUAUCGUCAGUGAUCAGUUGGCGGACGUUCACCGACCCCCUUAGGUCGAUCUGCGAAGGAUCGGCGAUCUCGGGUGACGCUUGGUUCCAUCGAGAGAUCGGGGGAUCGUGAUCGAUUCACCGUCAUCGGACAGCACCGACGAUUGUGCGACCGUUGCGGACAACCUCCUCGAGGUGGGCUUGAAGAUUGGAGUGCGCGCGUCUCGCUCGGUUGGAAAUGAUUUCCGCGUCCGGGGGAACAGCGGGUCCGGUGUCUCGUGGCAAUUGUUAAGGAUCGGGGUAUCCUCGAGUAGUUAGCUCCGAGUUUCGAGUCCGCGGAGAACCUUAAUGCGGCGUCGAUCCCGAUAUACUCGUCGCAAGUGCAGCGAUCGGGAAGGACGAUCCCACGAUGUUCGGCAACGCGACAGUCAAUAUUUGAUCGAAUUAUACCGCCGCUUUACGUUUCCGUCAUUAGAAUUCGCUCUUCUGUCACGUAACUGGGUUUAUGUCUCCUUGUUAAUAUUAAAACGAUCUCGCAAGUGAAAUUCUGUUCUGCUCUUCGGGUCUUUAUGAGUGUUUCGUGGAAAGUUACGACAAUCCUAUAACCGAAGGUCAUUUUUCUUUCGUACGGUGCCACUGUAGUUCUUAUAUUGUUGCAGCAUUCUUGUUUGGCAUUUCACCUUCUCUUCUUCUUUCAUUCUAUCACGAUGGAUUGGAUAUUUUCCAUCUAUAUUUGUUACGGAUAUUUGAUUAUCGGUCUGUGGAACAGACGUAAAACAAUUGCACUUCCUCUCUCUGGUGCACGCAAAGAUGCAUGAUGCGCGAACGAAGGAUCCUUCAAAAUCAACUUCGCGGCGCUACAUCAUUAAUAAAAAAGCGAUUUCUCUAAAAUAAGGUGUUCGCGGUCGGGUGAGUUAUAAAAAGCUUUAGUUCUAGGAAACGAAGCGACGUUAUAAUUGGACCUGGUCCAACAGUUUCUCCAUUUUAAACGAUACGACGUUAAAAGACUUGUGGAAUGGGGAAAACACGGUAUAAUCGCGUGAAUCAACAUUUAAGAAAACUGCUGUGGAAUUAGACGUAGAUCUUCUUUGUGGGAAUGCGAUCGUGGGAAAAGAAAGAAGAAAGACGAUAGAAGAGCGUGGGUUGAAAUAUAUAUUAAAGCUGCUCCGUUGAGUUAUCUUUCCUGGCAUAAAGUUGCUUCAUUAUCGUUCUCCUUUCUCCUGGGAUAAUCAGAGGAACCCGUGUUACGAUGAAACAUUACGGGUUACACAUUAAAACUUAACUUAAUCGCGAGAACGCAGUCGUAAUUCCAAUUCUCGGGCAGUCACGGUGAUAUUGCAGAAUUCGGGGGAAGUGCCGCUUCACGACGAGCCCUUCAAUCUUCUUUCCACGAAGAGACUUGCAUCGCAGUAGUGACUCGCGACAGGAAUUUCGCAUCUCGUUUCGAACGAGGAAAUUAAAGGGAUCUCUUUCUUCUCUUCGAUCUACGAAUGACGUCCAACGGUACAGUUACAGAGUAUACAGACGUAGUCCCUUCUUCCCUGUUUUAAAGACAAAACGACAAUCCGUAGGAUCGAACCCGAGGACGAAAGGAAGGACUGCGUCCUCCACUGCGUGGAGGACGAGCGAUCGAGGACGAAAGGGGAAGGGAACGUACAUAAGCAAUUCAAUACUGUUUCAAUCGACCGGCUAAGCCAACUAGAACGUUCCGCAGCUUCUCUUUCGAGUUCUCUCGUACGAUUAAUAUACACGUAUACGCAUACAUAUACAUAUACAUAUAUACGAACGGUAUAGAAAAAUCCGCAUAAUUGUGAUGUAUAACGGGCGAGAAACAGCGAAUGAUCGUUCCUGCAGCUCGAUGAUCUGAUCGCCGAGCGAGGAAUCGGGCGAUUAAAGUGGAACGCUAGAUCGCGCCCGGGGGUGCUGCCCAGGUCCCGAGCCAUUUACGCGAGUGGAUCAGAACGAGGUGAGGCGCGUCGCGGUGUCGGUGAAGGAUGGAGAGAAAUCGGAGGAACGCGAGGUCACACAAGCAUGGAAGGACAGGGUUUGCGUAUCCGUGCGUUUCUUCUUGAGAGGCUCCGCGAGCGCCUAUCCGUGCGUGUUAGACACGAGCGCGCCGAUUGAUCACGAGAGUCAGCAAACAGGGUCGUCGCUGAUGUUUGCCGAGCGAUGGGGGAACGCAUAAUAUUAUAAGUUUGCCAAUCAACGCGCGCGCGCGCGCACGAGAAAGGAAGAGAAAGAGAGAGAGAGAGAGAGAGAGAGAGAGAGAGAGAGAGAGAGAGAGAGAGAGAGAGAGAGAGAGAGGGCGGAACGUGCGAACGCAUUUCUCGCGCGAGGAAAUUCCCAAGUCGCCUAUCAGAUAACAGCCUAUCGAAUUGGAGAGACCAAAUAUCAACCGAAAACUAACAGAGCACCCGCCUAAUGCGCAUCGUGAGAAUCGCGCGAGAGAGAAAUCCGUCACGUGCGAAAGAGGGAUGAAAAGUUCAUCCCUCCGGCUUUUAUUCAAUCGUACAUCUUACACUUUUUAAUCAAGUAUCCGAUCGGGUAAUCCAGGCGUUGUACGGAAAUCUCACAGCGGAGAAAGAGAGAGAGAGAGAGCGAGUUUGUGUCACGCGAUGGAGAAGUGACUGUGAUCCGAGGGGCUGACAGCCGAAUUAGGAGUCAAGGGAGAUCGAACGGGGUGGAAGGCGAGGAUACGAUCGAUACGAUCGGUCGAGACUUGUGAGAGCCUCGGCCAAACGGCGAAGGUGGAAUUAUCGGGAUCACGGCGGUCACUCGUUGUGAUCGAUCGUGCUUUAAAACGCCGCGGAACGAGCUGAGCGCGACGUGUCGAGGGGCAGUCACUGCAGGCGAGCGACAGCCACCCCGGAAGGACCAUCAACGGGAGAAGAGGAAGACCAGAGGCGGAAAGGCGGAUGCGGGUCACGUACGCCUGUAUUUUUGCCCUCGCGGGAAAUCAGCGGAGGAGCGAAGAGCUGUCGAGAAUCGACAAAGGAUAGCGGAGGCGACGCUGUCAUUCUUUAUCACCGGUAGCCGGCAAAUUGAUAACGAGUCGAUCGUCACGCCUUGCGGAAAAGAAGCCUUGUCCGAACGGGAAAGGAGAAGAACGCGCGUUUCCUCUUGGAGUGUGUUACCCUCGAUAUUAUUCGCGAAAAUCUCGUUAAGGCUCUUUCCUCCGGCGCGUUCACUGACACUCUCGUUUCGGCUGCUGGAAAUUAUCGUCGAGCUUCAUGGCGGAUGUAUCAGCGUGUUUUCUUGUGCCGCUCGCUGCUGAUCAAAAGAACGGCUCGGUCGUCGCGCGAACGUCGUGCAGGGAGGACAGGAGCGAAGAUCGCUUCUGAAAAUAGAAAACGUAUAAAGACGCCGCGAUCUCGCGAUAAAAAAGUCACGGUCCGCCGUGAGGUAAUUCGAAAAAUUAGGAGCGACAAGGUGGUGCCGAGAGGCAAAUUCCGAAACCAACCGUUCGAGAAACGAUGGUUGAAACAGCAACGCGAAUGUUACCACCAGCAAAGAUAUAAUUCAACGAAGGUCCUUCCCCCUUCGCUUCCCUCUUUCAUCCCUUCAGAAAACUUUCAGCCCGGCAAUUUAUUCCGCGCGCCGCCCUUCACGGUGGUGGCUUAAGGAUAUCACACGAGGAAUCCAGGAUGUGCCUCGACCUCUCCCGCGAGAUUGUCGGGAGUAUCAGACCCUUUAUCGGGAAUAGAGAGAAAUGAAGUUAUCAGUGUCGGCUUACACAGGUCAGGCCAGUGCUCACAAGAAUCUCUGCAGCUAUCAGCAUCAGCGGAGCUACGGGGCCACGAAUCAGGCAUCCACGGCCCGGACACCCUCAGACCUCGCGACGGUCCUUCCUCCCCUCAAGGUGGAUCGGGUGGAGGAGGAAGGGCAGGGAGAGGGUGGUCUGGUGCCGUCUUGCAGCAGUGCUUCCGGUUCGAGGAUGGGCCCCGGGCCCGAUUCUGGCAGCAGCGCUCCCUCUUCGGUUCCCCAGUCGCUAGCUACCUCGAGGGACGAAGAAGACGAUGAGGAUGAGGAGAGCAGCGGUAGGCGGUCCAACAGCCACGGAGGAUCGAGGUCAUCGGAGAUCUACCGUCGGCGAAACGCCAUCUCGGACCAUCAUCGACGAGUCUUCGCGAGCAGGUCGGCUGGUGCUGUUGCUGGGCCUGCCGCCACCUCGACCACCUCGGAAUCGCAGGAGAGCUACGCCCUCGAUACAGAGAUACCCGCAGCGGCAGCAGCAGCAGCAGCAGCCAGGAGGUCCCGUAGCUCGAGGGGCUCGCAAAAAUGGAGUAACGUACGCGCGGUCAUGGCGUUAUAUUCCUCUCUACGCAAAAUCAAGAGAACGAAGAGCAAUCAACGAUGGAUGAAACUGCGCACGACCGUGCAGCUGACCUCGGCGAUCACCACGAUUCAAAAGAAGCCGCCGCUGAAGCGCGAAGAUUCGUUUCUGAAAAGGUUCUCCACUCGACAAAUACCAGAGAGUCAGGAGACUCUCGACACCGGUGAGGGCGAUGGGGACGCGACCGACAAGGAGACGGGUAGCCGACGCCGCAGGCGACCCCGUAGGCCUCAGAAACCACCCAAGACCGUGGUUAAUCCUGACGAGAACUUCUACUAUUACUGGCUGAUGUUGCUGUCGGCUUGCGUCCUGUACAACCUCUGGACGCUGAUCGUCCGUCAGAGUCUGCCGGAGUUGCAGGCGCUGGCGCCCACCACCUGGCUCGCCUGCGACGGCUUUACUGACGCCGUGUUCUUCCUGGACGUGGUGGUGCAGUUUCGCACCGGCUACCUGGAGCAAGGCCUGAUGGUCUAUAACAGUCGGAAGCUCGCCGGUCACUAUCUUAAGUCCAAGUCUUUCGUUCUGGAUUUGUUCGCGCUGCUGCCGCUCGAUCUGCUCCAGGUGAACCUCGGCAGCAAUCCCAUGCUGAGGUUUCCCAGGUUCCUCAAGAUCUACCGCGUGUACAAUUAUUACUAUAUGGUGGAGUCGCGUACGGUCUAUCCGAAUCUCUGGCGCGUGCUGAAUCUCAUUCACAUACUGCUCAUACUGGCGCACUGGUUCGGCUGCUUUUACUACUUGCUGAGCGAAGCCGAAGGCUUCCAGGGCGACUGGGUGUACCCGUACCGGCCCGGUCCGUACGAAACCCUGACCAGGAAGUAUCUCGGCUCCCUCUACUGGUCCACCCUGACGCUGACGACCAUCGGUGAUCUGCCCACGCCGGAGACCAACGCCGAAAUCGUAGCGGGCGGCAAUCCCCGGAGCCUCGCUCGUCGCGGCCGACUGUCCCGGCUUCUGCAGUUCAAGCAUAAUGGAGGGUACGUCUUCACGAUAGUCAGCUACUUGAUUGGCGUCUUCAUAUUCGCGACCAUCGUCGGCCAGGUCGGCAACGUCAUCACGAACAGGAACGCGAACCGUCUCGAGUUCGAGAGGCUCCUGGACGGCGCUAAGACCUACAUGAGGCACCACAAGGUGCCGGGCGGUAUGAAACGACGGGUGCUCAGGUGGUACGACUACAGCUGGUCGCGCGGCAGGAUACAGGGCGGGGGUGACAUCAACACCGCCCUCGGUCUACUCCCGGACAAGCUCAAGACCGAGUUGGCGUUGCACGUGAAUCUCUCGGUGCUGAAGAAGGUCACCAUUUUCCAGGAAUGUCAACCGGAAUUUCUACACGAUCUCGUCCUGAAGAUGAAGGCCUACAUCUUCACCCCUGGUGAUUCGAUAUGUCGGAAAGGCGAAGUCGCUCGUGAAAUGUUCAUAAUAGCCGACGGUAUUCUAGAGGUGAUCAGCGAAACUGGUAGAGUCCUCACGACAAUGAAGGCCGGGGACUUUUUCGGCGAGAUUGGUAUACUCAAUUUAGAUGGAUUGAACAAACGCACAGCUGACGUUCGUUCGGUUGGUUACUCCGAGCUGUUUAGCCUCUCGCGGGAGGACGUGCUGGCAGCGAUGAAGGACUACCCGGAGGCGCAGGAGAUCCUGCAGAAUCUCGGUCGGAAGCGGCUGAUGGAAGCGCAAAGGGUAGCACGAGCAUCGCGCCAACCUACAUCUCCCGGCCACGAUUCAUCCGACAACAGUACCGGCAAGAGGAUCGUCGAUAAGCUCAAGAGCGACGUGAAGGGUCUGAAGAACGUCCUGCGCAAGAGCAGGCGUAACACGCGGCUGGAAGAGAGCCUGGAGCUUCAGCCACUGGCGCCGAAGGCGGCGGUUCUGAAACGGCAGCAGAAGAUCGACGACGGCCACGACCUGUCUUUACCCAAUACUCAGGAGCAGCCAGUGUCACCGCUGGGCGCCGGUCUUCCGCUGCUGUCCAGGCUCAGGCUGUUGAAGGAGAAGGAAGAGAGGGAGGAACGGCGUACUCUGAUGGACACGCCGAGCCACGCGGCGGAGUCGCACGCGCCGCCAGUCUCGGAGCCCUUGAACCCUACCAACCCAAAUCUGCCGUUCUUGCAGAGGAUACUUCUGCUAAAGGCAAAGAACGAGCAGGACACCAUUCAAAUAGAGAGGGAGAUGCCCAUCAAGGACUCUCUGCUUCCUGCUACAAGGAACGUCAUUCCUGAAGAGACAAGCACGCUAUCGGACGAGCAGUCGUCCUCAGGUGGUCAGAGCGUCGCGAUGACCACUGUGAUCUCGCAGGUUGAGACGCGCACGAUCAAGAGGCCGUGGACCACGCUGAAAAACGCAUCGUUGACCGCCAAGGACAAUUCGCCGCAGAAAAGCCCACCGACUAGAAAGCUACAGCAAACCAAAAUGUAUGCCUCCGUCGACGAUUUAUCGCCAGAGUACUGCGGUCUACCGUUCGUCAAAAAGCUCAAAAUCCUCAACGAGAGGCAGAAGCUGGCCGAACUGGAGAAAGCGGUCAGGAGCUCGUCUCUCGAUUGCGGUGAGAAUGUCGAGCCGGAGUACGAUGGCAAUCUCACAAGGAGUCAUUCGGAAGCUUGUGCUAUCGAGUAUGUCAGAAAACUGGCUAAAUAUAAUCAAGACCGACAAAAAGAAGCGUCGCCAGCGGUGGAACAGCUGUCGCCGGAGAACGAGACUCUCGAGAGGCGGAACCUAAAGAGCAUUCUGAAGAAACUGUCGGCGAGUAGUAGGGCCGGCAGUUCGGAGACCUCGGCCACGAGCACGCCAGAUCACCAGGCCGCCGCCGAGCUGAGGAGGCUGAUGAGAGCGCCGACGAUCGAGGGUUACGCCGCGCGGCACUCGAAGCUGUCCAAGAGCGUGACCUUCAACAAGUACACGUUGCAGAGCCCGCCGUCCGAGCAGCCCCAGCAGCCGCCGUCGAAUUACCCGCUGUCCGGCACCCAGGAUCAGCCGUCACUGCCGCCGCCCAAUAAAUUCAGUUUCCGUCCUGUGAGCAGUGCCGGUGGUGUUCUGCAAACGGUGUGCCGGCCGCGGGAGGAGGAGUGCCUGGGCGAAUUGCUCUCCGGGGUUGGUGAGGUCAUCAAGGCGGGUCUGGAAGACAUGCAGAACAAAUUCGAGCGACAGUUCACGUCUCUCGAGCUGGAGGUCCGCAAACGUGACGAGAUAAUAUCGCAAUUACAGUCGCGGAUCCAACAGCUGGAGCGAAGGAAACUGCGACGCGGGGACGACUCCGGUGGGGACAGCACCGAGCACGAUGCUUCCAUGGAGGAGGACCUCGAAGACGAUCGCGAGGAUCACCCCUUCAUGCGUGACAGCUCCGUGGACACCGUUCUUGGCGGGUCCACGCGGUCGCGCGACCGGCACUCGUCCUCGAGCUCACGCAGCAGGCGAUCGUGGGAGGAACACUCGGAAAGAGAAACCUUGGAACUGCAGGAGCUGCCGAACUCGAUAGUGCCGCAGAGGCUGUCCCGGGAUGACGUGGCGAUCGACCUUGAAUCGAACAGCGACAGCAGAUCAGACGAGGAAUUUGACAUUUGCGACCGUCGCAAGGGUGAUAGCGAUGAGGGCGACGAAGAGGAUGAAGAGGAAGAAGAAGAGGAAGAGGAAGAUGACGAGGAUGACGACGAUAAGAUCAUGCGGCAAGAUGGCUACAAUAAUUGGGAGGUCGCGCUGCUAGCGAAACAGCUCGAGGCGAGGAGAAGAAGUGGCGAUAACGCCAGCCCGGGUUCCUAGCGCAUUAACGAGAUUCUAGAAAUACUGUGUUACCUCACGAACACGAUACGCUCCGAUGGAUGGUGCAACCCGCUGGCUGGGUCUGGCGGUAGUGCAGCUUUUUGCGAACACGAUCGUCGCCCGUACUUACAUUUAGACUUUGAUAAUAUGACUAGCUGCAGCGAGACUAUGAUGUAGUCCGAUCUCGCAGGUCGUUGUUGAUAUUUCUUUCUCCCUAUUUUAAUCCGUUUCAUCUAAUUCGGUUUCCAGUGUCUGUGAUAGGCUUCCAACUCGCGGUGGAUCGGCGACCCUGUAUAAUUUUCUCUUUGCAUUGCGCCGAUUUUAUCUCACAUAACAAGAUAAAUCUUCUUAUCUCCUUUUUCAGUGGUCUUGUUUAUCUUUUUUUUUUUUUCGUUGCUAUUACGAGUGAUCUUAUUGAUGUAAUAGUUUAAACGAUUCGAUUAAUCUCAAACGUAUAUUGGAUUGUAAAUAUUCACAGGUGUGCCUGAGAAAAUAUUAUUACAUGAGAUAUUUCAGAACUCUUCUCUUAUUAUAUAGACAUCCUAAUUGAACGUACAAGAUAUCUCAGAAUAGUUGUGUAUUAAUAGCAAGAUUUGCAACUUACAAGGAGUUUCCUAAACGCAAAUUUGCAAAUUUUCUAGGGAAAAAAUCGAAACUUGGACUAGACCGACGCGCAACAAUAUUCAAACACCAUUACAUCUCAGAAAUAUACAUGUAUUUUUUUGCCAAUUUGUUGGCAAUGUCCGAGCAUUUUUCUCUGCUCUCCAAAUUAUCUAUUCAAAUAUAUUCUUGAAAAGCUGCACUUGGAACGAACGCGGAGAUAUUAACCGAUUGUACGAAGCAAGAGAGAAGAAAUAAAUAAUUUUAGAAGAAACAGAGAGAAAAAGAGAGAAAGAAAGAUAUAUAAACAGAGAGAUAUAAAUAUAAUUUGAGGCGACAGAACUUAAUGAAAAUAUAUUACGUAUACUGACCAGACCAAGCUCAAUAUUUCUAGAGUCUUUACAAGAUACGUUUAUUAAACGACAAAUUAUUAUUAAAAUAAGAAAAAGAGAACUAUUGAGAUCGUGUACAUAUUAGCCGAUAAUUUAUUUAUUUAUGAGCGAAAGAGGAAGAGCGAAUGCAAGAAAGUAAGGGAGGAAGUAGAAGAUACAAAUAUAAAAGUUAGUGCAAGAACGAAUUUUAUUGAAUUAAAAGGAGAGAAGCAUUUUAGAUGCUGAUAUGUACCUAAUAUGCGGAAACGAAAGGAACGUAAUAAAGCAAAUGUUUUCAAA